CUAAGUUUGCUUUUUGCACGUGGGUUUUCAUUUAAAUUGAGUACCUACCGGUAGCAGGUCCCGAAGCAGGUGCAAGUCGAACGUAUUGUUCGGCAUAGCUUCUACUCAUACUGAUUGUAGAUGUGAUAUUUUGGAACUUCAACUUAAGGAUUUAAAUUAAAUGCGAGAUGAUAUUUGCAGCACAAUGUCAGAACAAGAAGCGCAUUUGCAUAACGCUCUGAAUCCUGAAAUUAAAGUUGAACCAGGCCAGUGCAGUGUUUUUGAUAACUAUCCAGAAAGAGAAGAUGGUUAUGGUUUUUUUAAAAACGGUUUGCCAACAAUUCCAUCAAAAGUACACACUGUAAGUUCAUUUCUAACAACUAAAAAUGAGAUUGAAAAUAAUAAGUGUAUGGAAUAUGAGGAUGACUGCAGAAAUGUGUUCAGUGAAGAACAAUUUAAGUUUGACAGUUUAAAGGAACAUUUGAAAUUUAAAAAUGAACCUCUGGAAAAUAAAUGUGAACAUGAAACCCACUGUCAAUACCAGUCUUUUGCAAAGGAAUUUAAUCACAGAAUUAAAUUAGGAACACAUUUGAUAAUACAUACAGAAAAAAUUCUCAAUGAAUGUAGGAAUUUAAACGCACAUUUAUGGAAACUGAAAGGAGAGACAUCAUAUGAAUGUGAACAUUGUGGAAUGAAGAUCAAUCAAGGCAAGAGUUUGAAGAUACAAUUAAAGAAACAUAAAGGACAAGUAGCAUAUGAAUGUGAACAAUGUGGAAAAACAUUUACCCACAGGGACAGUUUGAAAACACACUUAAGGACACAUACUGGAGAGAAGCUAUAUGAAUGUGAACAUUGUGGAAUAAAAUUUACCCAAAGUAGCAAUUUGAAAGAACAUGUAAGGACACACAAUAAAGAGACAUCAUAUGAAUGUAAACAUUGUAAAAAGAAGUUUAGAUAUAGUAGCCAUUUGAAAACACAUAUAAGGAUACACACAGGAGAAAGGCCAUUUGAAUGUGAACAUUGUGGAAAGAAAUUUACCAAAAAUUGCCAUUUGAAAGUACAUGUAAGUAUACACAAUGGAGACACACCAUAUGAAUGUAAACAUUGUGGAAAGAAGUUUAGAACUAGUACAUAUUUGAAAAAACAUAUAAGGAUACACACAGGUGAGAAACCACAUGUAUGUGAACAUUGUGGAAAGAAGCACCUUGAUAAAACCGAUUUGACAAGGCAUUUAACGAUACACUCAGGAGAGAGACCAUUUGAAUGUGAACAUUGUGGAAAGAAAUUUAAACUAAGUCGCCAUUUGAAAGCACAUGUAAGGAUACACAAUGGAGAGACGACACCAUAUGAAUGUAAACAUUGUGGAAGGAAAUGUAUUAAUAUUAGCCAUUUGAAAGCACAUGUAAGGAUACACACAGGUGAGAGACCAUUUGAAUGUGAAAACUGUGGAAAGAAAUUUAUUCAAAGUAACCAUUUGAAAGUACAUGCAAGGACACACACUGGAGAAACACCAUAUGAAUGUAAACAUUGUGGAAGGAAGUUUAGUGAUAGUGGCCAUUUGAAAAAACAUAUAAGGAUACACACAGGUGAGAAACCAUUUGAAUGUCAACAUUGUGGAAUGAAAUUUACUGAAAGUGGCGGUUUGAAAUCACAUUCAAGUAUACACACAGGAAAAAGACCGUAUGAAUGUGAACAUUGUGGAAAAAAGUUUAGAAAUAACAGCUAUUAUAGAAUGCAUUUAAGAAUACACAGUGGAGACUUAAAUUAUGAAUGUAAACAUUGUGGAAGGAAGUGUAUUAGUAGUGGCGAUUUGAAGAAACACAUACGGAUACACACAGGAGAGAGGCCAUUUGAAUGUGAACAUUGUGGAAAGAAAUUUAUUUCUAGUAGCAAUUUGAACGUACACUUAAAGAUACACACAAGAGAAAGGCCAUUUGAAUGUGAACAUUGUGGAAAGAAGUUUAUUAGUAAAGAUGCUUUGAAAAAGCAUUUUAGAAAACACACAGGACAGAGACCAUAAUUAUGUGAAAUUUGUGGAAAAAAGUUUUUUAAAGACCAUAUUACAAAAGGUUUUAUAACAGACAUAUAUGAAGAUAAAUGGAUGUGACAUACCUUAUAUGAAUGUGAAAAUUGUUGAAAGAAGUUUUUUUAAUAGCCUUUUGAAAUUUCAUUAAAUAGUACACUCAGGUAAGACUCCAUAUGAAUGUGAACAAUCUGGACGGAGAUUAAAAGACAUUAGCAACUUCAGAAAGCAUUCCAAGAGUUUGUGGCGCACACAAACAACUGAUCCUACACUGGGACGUACGCCCUUUUAAAAAGACAGUUAUAGACUCAGCUUUACUUUGAUUGUAAACCCCACAAAUUAUGCUGAAUAAUUUUGUUAUACUAAGAGAAACCUAUGUUGAAAAGAAAUUAGGAAAAAAGUAGGAAGUAUUAAUAAUAAACCAAGUAGAAUGACAUAUAGUCAGAUAUCAAAUACAUGUGGCAUGACAACAAAAUAAUAAUGCUUGUCCUGUGAAAUGAUCUACAUGGUUGUGAGAUAUUUUAAAACUGUAGUUUGGUAUUUAAUAUUACUUUGUGUUUUCAUUCCAUGUUUUUGUAAUCUGUUCUUUUUGGCAAAAUUUACACAUGUGUACACAUGAUUUUUUAUUAAUCGUUUAGGUUAAUUAAAAUGACAUUUUUAAUUGGUGAGUCAAUGAAAGAUAAGAGUGAAAUUUAAUACACAAGAUAUUCCUUAGUGAGUGAUAAUGGUAUAAUCAUUUAUUAUGUAAAAUGUAAUACAAUUAACAACUGAAGAGUUUAUAGAACUUACAUGUUCAGCAAUGUUAAAUCUUUUACAUAUUUUCAAUGUAAUUUGCUAUUGUUCUAAAUUUAAUUCUUUCAUAUAUAUUUUCUGUUGUUUUGUUAUAAUAACCACACUAACCAAACACAUAUUUAAAAUAAAAAGAUUUU